AUGAAGAAGUCCUUCAUUGAGCGCAUCUUCCCCCAUUCCCCCGGCGACGUCCUUCCACAGUACGACAACAACUUGCCUGCGUCGUCGCAGACUACUCCUCCGUCUCCGCCGCGGAUCCUCCUGCGAGAGUCAUUGGCAGCCUCUUCGCACAGCGCCGAUACUUCGUCCGCCCUGUCUACCCGUCGAACCACUCAACCGCAACCGCUGGCGGCGUCCUCCUUGGUGGUGCGCCACGAUGACCCCUUCCUCCCUGUCGAAAGAGCGGCUCGAGCUCUCGAACGGACUCUCCAAAGCCUCCUCGAUGCGCAAUCCGAAGGGCUGCUUGCCGGCGUAGGAGCAGGCGACACGAACGAUACCUCUUCGGCAGGCAGUCUUACACCCACGCCCUCCACUGGCAUAGCUACUGCGCCCAAGCGACAGACACGAGCGAAGACGAUACCUGUACGGCAACCGCAAGACAGGAAACUCACAUUGCGCGAAGCUCGACGGGGACUAGUGAAAUCUAUGGCCCAAUUCGCCCGCCUGAAGGACUGGGAACUGAGUCUGAUCGACCAGGAGGUCGCGGCGCGAGAAGAUGCAUUGAGGCAGGCGUCCAAUCUGAAGGGCCAGAAGAAGCUGUUGGAGGACGAGAUACAGAGCAUGAAUGUCGAGAACGAAGCGGCUAGUCUACGGUCGGAGGCGCAGAAGGUGGAACAGGAAAUCGACGAGUUGGAGGCACGCCUGCUGGAAAUGAAGGCUCGCUAUAGACAACUGGUCAUCCGGGCGCGUGAGAUCGAAAGCUCGCGAGAUUCAAGACUUAGUUCGUUCACGGACUCACUGCGUCUGAACGACAACAAGGUCAAGGCCUUCCUCCACAACCCCCCUGUUUCGCAGAGCUUGGGCACCGCUCGCGAUCCUGGCAUGUACGCGCUGAACCCGGAGCGGCGGACUCUCCAGAUGGCCGAGGAGCAAUGGACGUCGGAGGUUGAGAUGCUGAAUGCUCGGAAAGCGGACGUUGAGAAGGAAAAGCAAGCACUGGAAGAAGGCUCGGGGCUGUGGCAGGACGUGGUGCUUCGCGUGAGGGAUUUUGAGGAGAACCUUCGAACCCAGACGAUGGACUUGUCUCAAUCUCAGCUUCGUGCGUUGGAUGUGGGCGGCGAUGCUCUGUCCCCGGGUUUCGGGACGACAGCGGAAGACGCCUCGCUGCGGAUCGUUCUGGACAAGCUAGACGCGCUCAUUGCCUUUCUUCAGGAGGCUCUCACUCAAGCCGAGGUGAAGAAUUGGAAUCUCCUUAUUUGCUCGAUUGGUGCUGAACUCGCCGCUUUUGAACAAGCCCGUGACUUGCUCCAAGAGACGGCCGGCCUGGAAAAUAGUGAGUCGGCUCACCCUUCAGGUAGGGGCAAGGGCAACCUGGUUGACGACGGGCAUGAAGAUGCUCCGCAUGAGGACCUCUUGAGCGGCGGCCUCGUCGAGGCGAAUGGACGCGGGCCGCGGAGUCCAGGAGAAAGCAGCAACCACAGUCUGGAGGAUACACUGCGAGAGUUUGGUCAGGGCUCAGAAAGGGCCAAACAGAACGAGCUUGAUGGCGGUUCGACAUUCAUGGCUUCUAGGCCGGAGCUGGACACCCUUAAUGUCAGCUCCGGGUCACGGCCCAGAGCUGGCCACGGCCAUACGUCUGAAAGCGAGGACGACGAACCAGGCCCGGAGUUCUUGCUUUCCCAUACCUGA